AUGUCGUCGUCGAGCAGCUUGGCACAUUUGCUGAGAAACUCCCGGCUGUCGCAUGUGCCUAGGAACUCUAAACCGUUGUUCAGUUCUGUGCCGAGGUAUCAUCCCAGUCAUCAGGUCAUCGAAACGAAGCCUUCGACGCAUCAUCGGCAGGAAUGGGGUCUGAAGGCUGCUAUUCCGACUAGGAACAAGUCUCGGUUUCUGGUGUACAACGAGCUCGACACGUUGGAGCGGAUUACGGAUUUCGAGCCCAGCACAGGCUCGCAAUGGAACAGGUUGCGUUUCCAGGAGAUGGGGUUGGCGCCCAGUUACAAUCCGGGCAAGGCGAACCCGCUCUUCGAGGGCCGGUCUGCCGCGGCAGACCGGCUGGCUCCGCUGUGUUCGCUGGUCAACAUCGAAUCGGGCGCGGCGAACCUGCAGAAGAGCGUGUCGAAGAAGCUGGGCCAUGUGAAGGCGCUGCGGAGCGAGUUCAAGCAGUGGUUGCUUGAGAAGGACCCGGAGGCGCUGAAGAACAAGAGCUUUUCCGCGAAGGAUAUGAACCAGAACGCCAUUGCGUUCCUGACCGAGCGCAGCGCACUGCAGGCAAGCAGGGUGUCGAAGAACAGCUUCAAAAACGUCAUUGGCACUGGUGGUCUCACGUACAAUCUGCGGGGCAAGUUGAGGAACUCGCCCAACGGCGUGGUUCAGAAGACCAUAGUUCCCGGGAGAUUCCUGAACUUCGACGGGAAUGACCGGUUGGCUGCGAUCGGUGGGUUCGUCGCCAACGCCACGUCGUCGAGCCCAAUGACCUCGCAGAUCGCCUACAACUUGGGCGACUUCAUCAGAGAGGCCACUUUCCCGUUCGAGGUUCGGCAGGUGUCGGUCGGAGACGGCGGCAAGGUCAUGAUCAGAGCCCAAGUUGUGAGCGGCAUCAGCCAGCAGGCAAGGCGCACGAUGCAGGGCAGAAGAUACCAGCAGCGUCCGCUGCAGAGGUCGAGGGCCAACCGGGACGCUGCGGUCAGUGCGAUGGACCCAAAGGUGAAAGCUGACGAGCUUCUGAAUAUCUUGCACGACUUCCGUUAA